UGAAUGGAAUUGACAGUACGUAGUUGACCAAGUUUUUUGCAAAGAAAAUAAAAUAUUUUAUCAUAUAUGAAAAAUUGUAAAAGUGCAGAUAAUUGUCAGGGGUUGUUUCCAAAUCGAAUUAAAUAUAAAGAAACACAAAGCAGAAUAAACUAGAAGGCUGGUAUAGUGAAAGAGUUUGUGAUAAUCAAUAAAUAGUUUCAUGUUUGAUGUUGAUUUUUGUAAAGUUAGAAGGUAAAGGGAAGGACGAACAACAAUUGUGCAGUGCCAGUAGUUGUGUGGUACCAAAAAAGUAAAGUACGUAGAAAGUGAGCAACGUACUUCGGCCAUAAUUAAAUUCUUAAACAAAGAAAGUUUAAAUCAACGAGCAAAGGUAUAAAUUUCGUGGACAAGUGUACAUUCUCAUACCCCCUUUUGCAAGACAAAUUAUUGCGUAGGCGCAUAUACAUAUUUCCUUUAUUGCCGAUCGGUCAAUACCAUCAGUCACAGUGUCUACAUACGAAAGCAUGGAUUUGCAGCAUAUGGAGAAUGGCAUCAGUGGUGGUGGCCACGGUGCUGGUGUUGUACCCACUGGCGGCUUCAGUGAAUCUGACUUUCAACGGCUGGCGCAAACCAUCGCGACAAGCAUACAAAAAAUUUUACAAAAUGUCUCUACUAUGCAACGCAUGGUCAAUCAAUUCAAUACUCCACAGGACUCGCCAGAUUUGAAGAAACAGCUACAUCAAAUAAUGACCUACACACAUCAACUGGUUUCGGAUACAAAUAAUCAAUUGAAAGAGGUCGAUAAAUGCAAAGAACGUCAUUUGAAAAUUCAACGCGACCGCUUGGUAGAUGAAUUUACUGCUGCCCUAACUGCGUUUCAGGCCGUUCAACGCAAGACAGUCGAUAUCGAAAAGAAUGCUGUACGACAAGCGCGUGCGCAUAGUUACAACAUUAGCAAACCACCGGGUACGAACAGCAGCAGUGGCAAUAGUGGCGGUGGCACCAAUGGCAGCAACAGCAGCGGUUCUUUCUUCGAGGAUAACUUUUUUAAUCGCAAAUCAAAUCAAUCACAACAGCAAACACAAAUGCAAGAGGAAAUCGAUUUGCAAGCGUUAGAAGAACAAGAACGGCAAAUACGCGAACUGGAGGAAAAUAUUGUUGGCGUGAAUGAAAUCUACAAGAAACUCGGUGCCAUGGUGUACGAACAAGGUCUUACUGUUGAUUCGAUUGAAUCGUCUGUGGAGCAAACAAGUGUGUUCGUGUCGCAGGGCGCUGAUAAUCUGCGUAAAGCCAGUUCAUACAAAAAUAAACUGCGCAAGAAGAAGCUGUUUUUGGUUGGCGUUCUCUCUGUAGUAUUAUUUAUUAUCAUCAUGAUUCUCGUAUUCGAGUUCAAGCAAUAAUUGCGAUUGCAUGCAGAAGAAAGUAGUUUUUAGCUCGCAAUGUUUUCUUUCGCAUUCACACAUACUCGUAUGCUGCUGCUGCAAAGUUGUAAUUGAAGUUUGUUGCGUGCCUCAACGGAAAUGUUGAAAGGUAUAUUGAAUUGUUCAGGUGAUAUUUGAAAGCAAACACUUUUUAGGAAGUAUAAAAAACUAAAACGAAUACUACCACUUACAAAAAUCCAAUAAGUGAUGAAAUACCAUGUCCAUUGUCAGUUCGCAAUUUGUACAAUAUGAAUAGUAUAGGUUUUCCAGUUUUGAAAAUGGUUUGGGUUUCUUAAUUUGUCUUCUGUAAACUUGUAAAGCGACAAUUUCGUGAAAUUAAGACCAAAAAUGAAAGAAAAAUAUGUGAAAUGUAAAUUCUGAUUUAUAAAAUUACUUUGUGGUGAAAGAUAUUUAUUAACAUAUGCUGUAUUGUAUUAUUUAACCUUAAUAUAAAUUUAUACCUGUAUGCAAAAAUAUGUAUUUAUUUAAUCUAUAUACCUAUAUAUAGCACUCAAUUAUAAAGGUAAAUUUGUAUGAGCGACGCAAAUAUAUGGAAUUAUAGUAUGUAAUUGUAAAGAAAAAGAAAGAAAAUGCGUUAUGUGGUAAAUGCUGAACCCUUUUAAUAUUAAUUCACUACACUGUGCUACAUUACUCAUUAUUCGCAUAAAAUUGUAUUAAAAUUUAGGCACGCGUAUGCUAUCUAUUAUAUUAUGUAUUUCUCUAAGUUUUGUUGCGUGACUUUUCUAUUCACUUUUGUUUCUAAUUAACAGUAAAUUAGUGCUUGUAUUGUGAGGCAAAAAUUGUAUAGCUUUGAUUUGGUGGGAAAAGAUUUCAAAAUCGUUUAUAAACACAAAAACCUACAAAGAACGAUUAACGUAAGAACCAAGUAAAAGACAUAAUCUGGAAAUUAAUAAACAAAAUAUAUGAAAGCA